CGAGCCUUCAUGAGCCUGUGCAGGACUCAACCAAGCGGUCAGUUAGCGUCGAUUCUUCGCUGGCUCCGGACGAGUCGCUUGCGACACACAGCCCAACUGCCGAAUCCGGAACUAGUAGGCCCCCGCGUAGCAGAGUGUAGCUAAAGUUGCAGUUCGACACGGUGUUUGUGUGUGGUUCGCAGAAGGCAAAGAUUGGACGGAUUUUCCAAGCAUCCAAGGGUGGAUCCAAGGGCUCAGCGAUGGAACGGAAUGGACGUGUUGCGGUUGUCGGAGUGUUGCUGGUCGUGAGCUGCCUGGCGCUGCUGCUGCUAGCCGUACCGAGCCGAGCCGAUGUCAUUGCAAGGCGGGUUCGUCGCCAGAGUCCGUGGCUCCAGCGGGCUCCACUUACGUUCGCGCUGGGCAAGAAAUUCGCGCGGAAUCGACCGGCAGCCAGUUCAGCAUUUGCCCUCGAAACCAACACCGACUGGCGGGAGAACGCGGUGGAGCAAAGCCGACCAGCCCAACCGGUAGCGGUGCGUCCGCUUGCCGAGCUUUCGGCGGAAGUGACCGACAGCAAGCCGGCGCCACGAUCGAGGGCCUUCUACGGCUGCAUGUCGAACUGUCUCACGCUGUCGCAGUACAAUCCGGUGUGCGGUACGGACCACACCACCUACCACAACGAGUACAAACUGGAGUGCGCCAACCGGUGCGGAGCAAAGCCCAGAGUUUCGAUCAAAAAGUCGGGCAUUUGCUAGGCCAGCCACAGCAACCUGUCGCUUCUGUCCGAUGCAUCCGAGACGCACCCGAACGUCGCAGCAUUGCAUUGCUCACCCUCCCACUAGACUAAGAAGCCCGACUAGACGCAAGGCGACUGGAUGCGUACAAAAAGGGGGUAGAUAGGCGAGCGAAGAUUUCUAAUUUAUUUCUAGUUUUUACACCACACCCGGUAGCGAAAAUAUGGCACAAAAAUAAUAAACAAAAUCGCUAAACACAA